CCCCUUCAAAAUCGCCCAUCUCAGUCUUCCUGCUGGUUGGUUUCAUCCUCCAACAACCUAGAAAAGAAGAAGAAAAUGCCCCAAAAUUUUCAUGUUUCUCUUUAAUUCUCAAAAGUUUAAGUCGAAAACCCUAAAUUUCAUCAAAUCCGAUCUCAAUAUCCUCCAUUUUGAUUUCCUUCACUCUAAAUCAAAUCUGUCAUGGCCCUUGUCCGAUCAUAAUCGAAUUUUAGUGGAUUUUGAGAGUUUAAGUGAGUCAUGAAGCGGGAGUUGGAUUUUGGAUUGGAUGGUUCAGUCAGUCCAACUCGGGAGUCAGUAGCUCAGCCUCAAACUCAGGCGAGUUCUAGUACUAAUUGUAAAAGAGUUAAAGGUACUCAAGUGAAUGGUUACAUUGUUUACACCCGAGUUAAGAAGUCAAGAACUAAUUAUGGUGUUGAAUUUUCGGAGAAUAUAAGGAACAAAAGUAUGCCCGUAAAUGGUGUUAAAGAGACCUUACUUGAUGAGGAUCAAGAGAAUAAAAAUUUGAUUGAAGCUAAUAAUGUGAACCGUAAUGAAAUUGAAGGUCGACCGCAAAAUGAAAACACAGCAAGGGAUAAUGUGGUAGUAGAAAAUGUAGUUGGUGAGAGCUUAGUUGUGCGAGAUUUUGUUGAAGGUGGUCCACUUGUGGAGGCUAUCAUUGAAGAGAGCCAUAUUAUCGGGGAAAAUGCCAUUGUAGGGAAGUUGGUAGUUGAGGAAAUUGGAAGAGAUGGUAGGCCUGUUGUUCAAUCAAGGCUUAAUGAAGUGUCUAAUUAUAAUUUGGCAAUCUCUAUGUCUAAAGAGGAGUCAGUGAAUGAGCGGGAGACUUGUCUUGUUGAUAAAGGUUGUUUUGAAGGAUCAUCAAUGCAGAUUUCUUAUAGUAGUGAUGGAAGUAAUGAUGAUGUAUUUUUGAAGGCCCUGAGGCUGUCUAAACAAUCCUUAACGAGACCAAAGGUUGAAGCAGUAGACAAUUUGGAAUGUGAACAGCAGGCUGUUGAAAAUGUUCUAGUUUCAAAUUUUGGUGGAGAGGAAUCAACUGAAGAAAGCGAAUUGACGACUUCCAGGAAGAACUUGGAGUUGAAAAUGUCAAAAAAGGUUGCCCUGACUAAGUGUCCAAUGACAGUUAAAGAGCUAUUUGACACUGGUUUACUUGAUGGGGUUCCUGUGGUUUACAUGGGCACAAUAAGUAGUAAGACAGCUGGCCUUCGAGGAAUCAUUGCAGACGGUGGAAUUUUGUGUUCAUGCUCCUUGUGCAAGGGACGUAGAGUUGUUCCUCCAUCCCAAUUUGAGAUUCAUGCUUGUAAACAAUACAAACGUGCAGCACAAUAUAUCUGCUUUGAAAAUGGGAAAAGCCUACUUGAUGUGUUGAGGGCAUGCAGGAGAAGACCUUUGCAUACUUUAGAAGCAACAAUUCAAAACAUCCUCAGUGCUUUACCUGAGCAAAAAAGUUUUACUUGUAGAAAAUGCAAAGGUGUGUUUUCUGUACUACAUGCCGGGCAAACAGGGCUGCUUUGCAAUUCAUGUGUAGAGUCAAAAAAAUCUCAGUGUAGCACAAUAAGUGCACCCAGUGCCGGAGCUAGGCCAGUGAAACCAGUUUUGGUGUCAAAAACUUUAAAACACUCUUCACCACCAAUGCACUCACCCAAUGAAAGUCAAUGGAAGAUGACAACGAAGGAUCAGCGAUUACAUAAGUUGGUAUUUGAGGAAGAUGGACUGCCUGAUGGAACAGAAGUUGCAUACUAUGCCCGUGGACAGAGAUUGCUUGAGGGUUACAAAAAGGGCUUUGGGAUAAUUUGUCGUUGUUGCAAUUGUGAGGUUAGCCCAUCACAGUUUGAAGCUCAUGCUGGUUGGGCUUCUCGUCGAAAACCCUAUGCACACAUUUACACUUCUAAUGGGGUGUCUCUACAUGAACUGGCAAUAUCUCUCUCAGAAGGUCGUCGUUAUUCUUCCAAGUAUAACGACAACGCAUGUAUCAUUUGUGCAGAUGGUGGAGAUCUUUUGUUUUGUGAUGGAUGCCUAAGGGCCUUCCAUAAAGAAUGUGCAUCGCUACCCACAAUUCCUCAUGGUCGUUGGUACUGCAAACAUUGCCAGAACAUGUUUAUGAGAGAAAAGUUUGUGGAGCAUAAUGUUAAUGCUCUUGCCGCUGGAAGGAUUUUAGGAGUUGAUGCUAUAGAACAGAUAACCAGCAGAUGCAUUCGAAUUGUGAAAAACUUCGAGGCAGAACUUAGUGGCUGUGCAUUAUGCAGGGCAUGUGAUUUUAGCAAAUCAGGAUUUGGUCCUCGGACAAUUAUACUUUGUGAUCAGUGCGAGAAAGAAUAUCAUAUUGGCUGUUUGAGGACUAAUAAAAUGGCUGAUCUAAGGGAAAUACCGAAAGGGAAGUGGUUUUGCUGCUCAGACUGCAGUAGGAUCCAUUCUAUGCUACAGAGAUUGCUUACUUGUGGAGCUGAAAAGCUUCCAGACUCACUUCUGAAUGUUAUAAGGAAGAAGUAUGUGGAAAAGGGUUUAGAUGCUGAUAUUAAUAUUGAUGUGAGAUGGAGGCUUCUUAGCGGCAGAUUUACUUCUGAAACUAGAUUGUUACUUUCUCAAGCUGUCGGUAUCUUCCAUGAAUGUUUUGAUCCUAUAGUUGAUGUAACAACUGGGCGAGACCUUAUCCCAUGCAUGGUUUACGGGAGGAAUUUGAAGGGCCAAGAGUAUGGGGGAAUGUACUGUGCAGUUUUGACAAUCAAUUCAUUCGUUGUGUCAGCUGGAAUAAUUCGAAUUUUCGGGCAACAAAUUGCAGAACUCCCUUUAGUUGCUACCAGCAUCGCUAACCAUGGGAAGGGUUACUUCCAGUUGUUGUUCUCUUCCAUUGAGAAGUUGCUGGGACUCUUGAAUGUCAAAACCAUUGUGCUUCCAGCGGCUGAAGAAGCAGAAUCGAUCUGGACAGACAAAUUUGGCUUCAGGAAGUUGACACCAAACCAGCUUAGCGAAUACCGAAAAUCCUGCAACCAGAUGGUGAUUUUCAAAGGAACUACGAUGCUACAGAAAGAAGUUCCUCCAUGUCAAGUUGUUAAUAGUACAGAGCGUACGGAGUUGCAUAAUGGAAUGGACUAAAGGAAAGGAAACGUUUUGUGUAUUUCUUUUUCUUUUUCUAUUUAUUGGACGUCUAUAUAUAUAUAAGUGAAGCUCAAUUUGUGAAGAGGAGUGAGCUCAGAUGUUAAAAUUUUCUGAUACGGGCACGGGACUUGAAUUUAGAGGAAUAGUGAGUA